GCGCGGGGGGUUGGGCGGCCGCGGGAGGCGACUCGGACCUUCCCGGUGCCUGCGGUUCGUUCCGCGCCGUGGCUGUGCGCGCGGCGGCGCGGGGGUGGCCCGGGGUCGGCGGGGCUGCGGCCUAGCCGGGCCUGCCGCCCGGCCCCAUGAGGCACAGCCUGACCAAGCUGCUGGCAGCCUCGGGCCGCGACUCGUCGAGUGUCCGCGCCGGCCGGCAGGACCCGAGCGCGGAGGCCGCGGGGGCAGAGACCUCGGCGGGCUCGGGACCGCCUGAGCGCCGGCCGCCGCCGGGCGACGGGGGCGAGUCGGAGGCGGCCCGGAGGGGGAGCCGCGGCGGCGUGGCCGUGCGCGCGCCCGCGCCCUCGUCCCCGCCAGGGAAGAUGGAGGAGGACGAGGAGGACGCGAACGCCAUGGUCCCCAAAGAAGAGCCGGAGGACAUGGACUUUCUCUCUGGGCUGGAACUGGCCGAUCUGCUGGACCCUCGGCAACCGGACUGGCACCUCGAGCCCGGGCUCAGCUCGCCCGGGCCCCUGUCCUCGUCCGGCGGAGGCUCGGAGAGCGGCGGCCUCUUGCGGGGGGACGACGACGACGAGAGCGCGGCCGCGGAGAUGCAACGCUUUUCUGACCUGCUGCAGAGGCUGCUGAACGGCAUCGGAGGCUGCAGCGGCGCCGGCGGCGCCGGUGGCGAUCGCGGCAACGCGGAAAAGAGGCGGAGAAAGUCCCCGGGAGGAGGCACCGACGGCGCCACCACCAACGACAACAACCAAGCGGCGACCAAGAGUCCCCGGAAGGCGGCGGCGGCCGCGGCCCGUCUCAAUCGGCUCAAGAAGAAGGAGUACGUGAUGGGGCUGGAGAGUCGAGUCCGGGGACUGGCCGCCGAGAACCAGGAGCUGCGGGCCGAGAACCGGGAGCUGGGCAGACGCGUGCAAGCACUGCAGGAGGAGAGUCGCUACUUACGGGCCGUCCUCGCCAACGAGACGGGACUGGCUCGCCUGCUGAGCCGGCUGAGCGGCGUGGGACUGCGCCUGACCACCUCGCUCUUCAGGGACUCGCCCGCCGGUGACCACGACUACGCCCUGCCGGUGGGGAAGCAGCCGCCGGAGCUGCCGGAAGAGGACGACGCGGCGGGAGGAGUGUGUCUCCAUGUGGACAAGGAUAAGGUGUCGGUGGAGUUCUGCUCGGCGUGCGCUCGGAAGGCGUCGUCUUCUCUUAAAAUGUAGGGUCAAGUAAUCUGCUCUUUACCCGCGGUUACCCCCUUCUGCUCCCUUACACCAUGUCAAACACCUUAGUGGGACAUCUUCACCGGACACAUUUCAGAGGCGGAAAAAAAAAAUUUCUUUUUUAGGUGAUUUCCUUCCUGCCAGGCUCCGUUGUAGGGGUUACAGAACAGUCGUUCCCGCCUCCCAACCUGGUAAGGAUCCAUCUCUUCACGUAACGCUCAUGCUCUGCUGCUUAGUCUGCUUUACUGGGCAACAUCUCAAUUUGUGUGUGUGUGUGUGUGUGUGUGAGAUAUUUUUCGUUUGUUUCUUUUUUUAUUGAAAGGUGGGAGGGGAAUCUUCAUUUGGGCCCUGUCCACCCUGGAAACAGACUUGUGCUGGUCAACGAUGUACUUAAAGUUGCUUCUGGUUGAAAUAGCUGUUAAAUGUGUCCCCUUGUUCAGAGUUGCGUGUCCCUAGCUCUUCUGUCCCCAGUGUGGACAUGGCCUUGGAGGACAUCGGUUCCAACUGUACACUGAAACCUGCUAAUAGAGAUACAGUUUGGAGACAGUGAAACAGGUGAAGUGAAUGGAACUUCCGAGUUGUACCCGGUGCAAAUUGGAAUUCCAAUUGUAGAGCAACUUCAAAGGUUGACAUAAGUAUUUGAGGCAUGCACAAAUGUAUUUUUCUGGAGAUAACAAAUCUCUUAAAAUACUUAAGAAUGCCUUCUAGUUUACAGUAGAAAACAAAUACAAUCUAUAUAAGAUCCUAAUAUUUCAUUACUUAAGUUGGAAAUUAACCUACCCUUCAGAUUUCUGGGAGAAUGAUUAGUGAAAUGCCUGAGGACCAGCACAGUAAUUAUCUAUCACUGAGUAUGAAGAAAUUGUUGGAAGCAUUUAUUUUUGUUGUAUUAAAAUUUAGGCUAAAUUUGUGUAUGAUUAGAUAGAUAUUGAAGGUUAUGAAAUGUGAAUGAAAACAUGUAAAGUGAGGCUUCACAAAGAAUCUUAUUUUCCUUAUAAAAUUUUUCACUUUUUAAAAUUAAAUAGUUUUGGCCACUUAAUAUUUAUACUGUUUUUUUUCCAAAGAUGGAAAGUAUUCUUCCCUUGAAAUACUGUUUAUUGUCCACUUGUCUAAAUCUGUGUUAUCAUGUCCUAACGUGCAAGAGACAUUAAAUUCUUUGUGAAACAUCACUGUUUGAUAAAGGAUAUACGUAUUUAGCAUCCUUGUUUUUCUUUGUGCUAAAGUGGAUACAGCUGUUGGGGCAGAAGAGACGGGACCAGCUGCUGGCCACAUUUCCUGCUUUAUUUUAAAAGGUAGUAUAAGAAAUAAGGAAGAAGAGGUAAUAUCAGGGCUUCUGCUGUCUUUUAUUUUUUAAAUGUUCAUAAUUAAGUAUUUUCCAGCAGUCCAAAGAUGUAAGUUAUCUUACACGUAAGAUGUUUUCUUUUGUUAUUUGUUUAUGGAAAUGGAAUCUUGUUCUUGCACAACUAACUGUAACUGUUUUAUUGCUAGAUGAUAUGAUUUGAGACUUAAAUUAGUCUCUGGUUUUCAGUAUAUCACAUUUUGUAAAGUUAUCCACUGCACUUGAGCAUGAAUGGGUAGUAGCCAAUCUCUCACAACUUGGAGUGAUGGACCUGCUUCUUCAAGGGCAGGAACAAGCCCCCACAAUGCAGCUGCAUGGAUUUUAGUGCCUACUGAAUUAUAUAUAUAUACAUAGAGAUAAACCAAAAGUAGUUGGAAAAUUAUUUGAAAUGACUAAUUUGUGCUCCUUCUGAAAUAUGUUAAAUGUAGCUUUUGAAACAGAAGCCUUGAAUUGAAAUUUAAUACUUGAACAUUUUUGUAUAUAUUUCUUUGUAUAUAAUUUUGUGCAGUACCAAUGACAAAAAUAUGGUGUCAUAAUAAAAUCAGGUUUGUUGAUCUUUCAGUUAUGGGCUCAAAGAAUUUAUUCAUCUUUAGCAUGACAUUGGGAAGUAGUGGAUGAAAAUAGGGAAAAUGAUUCCUGGUAAUACAGACUGUGAUCUUAGUCAAAAGAUUCUGGAAGCAGUAAGCUUGUUUUCCUAAGAAUUACACCAUUUCCGUGGACUGUUUUCUUAACAUCUGCUUUUCCUGCAUUCAAGUUGUGGGUUUGGGAGAUCAGUUUCUGUUUUGAAAUUCCAGUACAGACUGGAGAAUGUCAUUUUAUAAAUGGCAGCUUGGGGAAUUAGAGCUCUUGACAGUGGCAAGAUUAGAAUGCCUGAUUUUAGAGUUGCUUUGUUAGGGUCCACGUGUUUUAGUAACUGUCUUUUCUAGUUCCAUUUCAUUGUUUCUUUCCUAGUUUGGGUGACAACGGUUUUUGUCGUUUUUGUUUUUGUUUUUGUUUUUUUGCAUCAACUCAUAGUCAUGUUUUUACUUGGUAACUGCAUGUAUUUAGGACUGACCAGGGGCUUUAAAUAAAUUUUAUCAUAUUUAUGUGUAAGCACAUUUUUCUGUAAAUGUUUGGAUUUCUCAAUUUACAACAGUUGUUUAAUUUCAUUGUGUAGUAAACAGUAUCUUAAAGUGUCCUGUUCACUACUUGUUAAUUAAAAAUUAUGAUUAAUAUAAAACUGUUGUCUUACUAUUUUUAGAAAUUGUGUUGUGAAUAAUUAGUAUUUUGAUAGAGAGUUCUGGAAUAUAAAAUAGAUUGAAAUUUUCAGGUUCCGUUGUAUUAAAUGUGAUGGUUGAGAACAAAUUAGUAUUUGGGAAACUAUUUCGAGUUUGAUUUCUGAUUUGUACCUGUGUGGUAAAAAUGGUAGAAGACCUAAAGAUGUAGCUUUUUAAUCCCUGUCUUCCUCUGGAGGUCAGUAUUCAUACAUGAAUUAACUAACACAUAUUGGCAUAGUAUUUCUAUAAUGGUAAUUUAAGUUUUAACCUUUUUUAAGCAGGCUUAACUAAAAAGUACAUGUUUGUUAAAAAUAUAGUCAGACCUCUGAUAUAUCCAACAAAGUAUUCAAAAUAUUUUAAAUAUCUGUGCGUUUUAUACUCGCUAAAUUAAUCUCUUUCUCUUCUCUUUAAACAGCUUAGCAGUAUCUGCAAAAACGAAUCUUUUCCUACAACCUGUUAACUGACUGGACUGAUGGUAACAGUAAUUGUGGGAGCCAUGUCGGUCAAAAAUUUGGCAUCUGCUGCAAAACAUGAAUGCCAUUUCCAAGUUCCCAAAUUACUUCUAUACUGAUUACACUUUCCAGAAACGGAGAUAUGAAAAGAUUCUCUGGAAUGCUUGAAAGACUUAAUAGAAAUCUAUGAGACUAAGUUAAUUUUGGAACAGAAUUACAUCUUUUUGUCCUUUCAUGGCAGUAACACUAAAUUUAUUGCAUACUUUUUAAAAAAAUAAUUGUAACCAUUGGAGAAGAGAAUUAUAGUGUUUUAUCAAGAAACAUUAGAUUUUUACACAGUCAAGAACACAUUCUGUGGAAUUAGAUUUAGUGGGCUAGAGUGACAUAAAUAGGCCAGCAGUGGUCACUGAACUUACCAUGAGUUUGUAUUUCUGGAAUGUGAGAAGCUGCUUUGGAAGACAGACACCUUGCUGAGUAGAAUAAAGUCCUCAACUUAAAGAGUAGUGUUUUAAAAUAGAUGCUUUGAUUGUGUAUUUUAAAAAGUGACUAAUGUGUGGGUGGUAUUGCCAUUUAGGGUAACAUGAGCUUGUGUGCAAUCCCAGGUUUGGCGUUGUGGACAUUGAGUACUUGAUCCUGUUUGAAUGUGUUGAGGUGUCUGAUGAAUGACAUAGUUUCUACUGUUCUGUUAAAAUUUCUGUAGUGUUUGUUCUGUAAGAAGGAUCUUCAUUUUUUGGAUGAUAAUGGCUUAUUUCAUAUUACAAGUAAAAAACCCAUUCAGAACCCAA